UGAUUUCUGUCGCUCUCUCUCUCUCUCUCUCUCUCUCUCUAAAACAGAAGAAAGAAAAUAAAAAGAAAAAGAAAAGAUCCCCAAAUUUCUCGAUUCUAAUUCGAAAAUAAAUUAAAAUAUUUAUAGAGAGAUCGAUUGAAAUUUCAAUUCCUGGGUUUGUGUCUGAAUUCAGACUGAGAAAAGGCGUUGGAUUUCUCAGAUUCUUUUGAAUGGAUUGACGGUGAUGAUCGAUCAAUCGUCCUGAAGAAAAUUCCUAUUUUCAUAGGGCUUUUGUUCCAACCUUAGAGAGACAGAGGAUUUUCCUCUUAUUAUAAAGAAAAGGGGAUUCCUUUUUUUUUUUUACGGGUUUUGAAUUUUUUUAUUUUUUCUUCUUCGAUGCCGGAUAAUUGGCAGAAUGAGAACAAUGCUGUAUCCACUUCUUCUAAUGCAUCCGCCACCGAUAACCUCGAAGGGGCCAUGUGGCGCCUGAAAAUUCAGGUGCCGGAUAACCAGGAAGGAGUUGAUGGGAACUCCAGCCCUUAUCCGGAUCGUCCGGGCGAACCCGACUGCAUAUAUUAUCUACGGACAGGAUUGUGUGGUUAUGGGAGUAAUUGCCGCUUCAAUCAUCCUACUAACACAGGACAGGCCACACAACCCAGAGGUGAACUCCCAGAAAGAGUUGGACAGCCUGAUUGCCAGUUCUUCCUCAAGACAGGAACUUGCAAAUUUGGUGCAACAUGUAAAUAUCACCACCCACGAGACAGGCAUGGUGUAGGACAGGUGCCAUUGAACAUGUUGGGUCUGCCCAUGCGUCAGGAGGAAAAAUCAUGUGCGUAUUACAUGCGAACUGGAUCCUGUAAGUUUGGAAUUGCCUGCAAGUUCCAUCAUCCCCAGCCUGCUGCCCUUGGCACUAUGUUGCCUAUAACAGCCUCUGCCUAUGGUGCUACGGGCUCGUCUGGAAUGCCUCCAUCAAGUCUACCUUAUGUAGGUGGACUUCCGGCAUGGUCCUUACCAAGAGCACCUUACACAUCAGGUCCACGUGUUCAAGGUCCCCCAGCUUACAUGCCUGUAGUUCUUUCUUCUCAAGGCAUGAUGCCUGCACAACAAGGCUGGAGCACCUAUACAAGUUCUGUAAGCCCCAUUUCAUCCAGUGAUGCCCUUGGAUCCAAUCUGGCGUACAAUGCCAAGCAUCCUGCUGACCCUGGUUCAAGCGGGCAGCUGCAGCUGCUGUCGGCAUCUGUCCAACAUUUGCCCGAGAGACCAGAUCAGCCAGAAUGCCAGUAUUACAUGAAAACUGGAAGCUGCAAAUAUGGGCCAUCAUGCAAGUACCAUCAUCCGAAAGAGAAGAAUGCCCCAUUGGCUAUGGGCACUCUUGGACCACUUGGGCUUCCUCUUAGACCGGGCCAAGCUACUUGCACAUUCUACAGCAUGUACGGAAUUUGCAAGUAUGGUUCGGCAUGCAAGUUUGAUCACCCCAUGGCAGGAUAUUACAACUACAGCCUGCCCACACUAUCCAUUCCGGGCCCAUCACCCGUUCUCUACCAGAGAAACUCCCAAAUUGCCCGUUCCACAUCAGAAACUUCUCCAUCUAAAGUAUCAAAGCUAUCUGAUCGGCCCACUAAACCCGAGGCAACAGCCACAAAACAACCGAACGCAGAUGCGGAAGCACCGGACCAAACGAGUCAGCAAACCUUCUCUCCAUCACACACUGCACCAACUUCAGAGUCCCCACAUGAUCAAUCUGAUUAAACAGCAUCUUCUCCUUGGCCCUUUUUCUUUUUUUCUUUUUUUUUUUUUUGCCUUUUUAAUCGUCAUGCCUGGUUCUUCCUUCAUGGAAAUUUUCCACAUGUACACCUCCCUCCUGCCCCACUCUUUUCGCCUGCGGUUUCUGCAAGAGUGGGGAUAGGCUGUUUGGUGGAGGUCCAUGUGCUGGGUGAAGGGAGGAGAGAGAGAGGGGCAUGGCUGGGCUUUCUUUUGUGGUUGAAUAAAAUGCAGGCGAAAGUGUAAUUUUUUUUUUCUUCAUUUUUUUUUUUCUUUCUUUCACAGAUGAUUGACUGUUUGGGUUCCAGAACUUGUAACUGUUAAAUGCAACAUGCUGAAGGAUUCUUGAAUGUUUGGCAUGUAGGCACUGCCACUCCUUUA